ACGAGUUGCCCGAUGCGAUUCUAACCUCCACUCUCGUUCCGUGCUGUGAAGAUUUUUCCUCAAGGGAAAAUAUGUACAGUCUGAAGCCAAUUGUGACGGAAUUUGAGGUGGAAAAGGCCGAGAGUAUGUACGCGAUGAGGGACACCAAUCCGCCUGAGAGUCUGGCGGACAGUUUCCUGGCCAAACUCGAGCGCAGCAUCAAUAUCGACAGGGAGAGUGAUCUCAAUGAGCUGGAGGCCAAGCAGAAGCUUCUGCUGGAGAAGCUCAAGGAACUGCGACGACAACUGACUCUGCUGCAGAACGAGCUUCCAAUCUGCAGGAAGCCUUUUCAGCUGCCAGCGAGGGCGCCUUUUCCGCCGGAUCUCGUCAUCUCUGUCGAUCCCGCUGCGAUUCCGUACAGUCUCCUGCUCCUGCUGAAGAAGAGGGCGACUGGGUUGGCCUUCUUCGUGGACUUCUACACGCACUCGACUGUGAGUGAGCUUCCGGAGGAGGCCAGGAAGUUCGCCGAUGAGAUUCUGCGCCUGGGCGCAUGCUAUGGCGUCCGCGUGACGGUGAUUUGGAAGACAGGCAUGCCGAGCACCUUCCAGGUCACCGUGGGCUCCGCGGGAAGCUUCUGGGGCGAGGACAACUUCAUUCGCUACUUGACGCGCCUCGGUGUGCUCGAGAAGCCCUCAGAGGCCGAUGACGGUGUCCUGGAUCUGGCGCACCAGCUGCUGGCGCUCGACGAGGACAAGAGAGAGCUGUCGAAGGCCGCCGAUCGCCUCCUGGUCGCCCUGAAGAAGCAGAAGCCCUCGCGAACGGCAGAUUUUGCGAUCUACUCGGCGCUGAGGAACUUCAGGAACGCCACGAAGAUCGCGAAGGUGGACGCGGCCCUCAAGGAGAUUGAGGGACGCUUGUAACUUGGGUGAAAAUCUUUAAUCACACUGAAAACUGAAGUAAAUUCUCUCUCUAA